UUAAAUUCUGCCAUUAGAAUGAAAAGAAUCUUAAAUAUAUUACUUGUUAUAUCCUGUGGCUUGGCUUUAACUGCUGCUCAGAACUGCCAGGAGUGUCAAGCGGCCAACGAUGUUUACUGCCACAACCAGACCUCGUAUCAAAAUUGCAUGAGAGGUGCCCCCUUUGGCGAUAUCCAGCACUGCUCCUCGGGCACAGUUUGCACCAAUUCCGACGAUCCUUGCAAGGUUAUAACUACCACCAAUCCAGAUAUCAAGGAUGUGUGUGGCAGCACUGGGGGCAACGGUGCAGGAUGCCAAGUGUGUGAUGGUACUAGCAAGUACACUUGUGUGAGCAGUACUCAGUUCGCCAGGUGCUCUGGUACCACUCUAAUUGAUGCCAUUACCUACGAUUGUGAAACUGGUGAACUGUGUAACAUCGAAGCUCUUGUGCCUCACAAAACAGUUUGUGUGCCGUCGUGUGCUCUUAAAUUUCUGGAUAUGAAGGCCACUUGCAGUAACGUAGAGUUCACAACGACCACAACAACUGCAGCUCCGACCACGUCGCCCACUCCAGAGGUUCGAAAGACCAAAUGUUCGGAAGCAGCAGCGGCUUCGGGAACAACAGCCAAGUUCUUCUACACGAGAUACAUGGAUGAUGCCACCUGCCGCAGUUACCUGUACUGUGAACUAGCUGGAAAUGAUUAUGCUACCGUGUUCCUCUCGUGCAAGUUACCCAAGAUAUACUUCGAUUCGAAUGUCGGCGAAUGUGUGGAUACUAAGCCUGCUGAAUGCACUUAA